AUGUCCUCCUCUUCUACCUUGUCUCCUGCUCAAUCAAGUAAUCUUGGCAAGCGCCCAAAACCAACCUUUAUCCAGCGCGUCAAUUUCCUCAGCAGAGCGCAUCCAAAGCCUGUUCCGGAUGACCCUGGCGUCUGUCCAGAGAGAGAUGCAAAUAUCAUCUCGCGCCUCUUCUUUGAGUGGAUGACGCCACUCAUGCAUCUUGGUUACACAAGACCCCUCGAAGCUGGCGAUGUUUGGCGUGUUGAUGAGACACGUACGGCAGAGCAGCUGUCCAAAACGCUGCAUGAGAAUCUGAUGAAGCGCUCUGCAACAGGCAGCAAUCACGCUUUAGCGUUUGCAUUGUCAGAUUCACACAGAUGGACAUUUUGGUCGGGCGGUGUCUUCAAAUUGAUGAGUGAUACAAUCCAAACACUCAAUACACUUAUCAUUCGAGCGUUAAUUCGAUUCGUGGGCGAAGCAUACUACUACGCGCGUGACCCUACUCUGCCAAGGCCCAACAUUGGACGUGGCGUAGGGCUCGCAGUCGGCCUCUUUCUGAUGCAAGCAGCUUCGGCCUUCCUCACGCACCACUUCUUUUACCGUGCCAUGAUCACAGGUGCCCUGUGCCGUGGUGGUCUCAUUUCCCUCAUCUACAAAAAAUCAUUGCGUCUCUCCAACAAGUCUCGCACAGAAUGGACGAAUGGUAAAAUCACCAAUCUCAUGUCGACCGAUACGUAUCGUAUUGACUUUGCCGCUGGUUAUGCGCAUAUGCUAUGGACUUCGCUCAUUCAGAUUUGCGUCAUUCUCAUUAUCCUGUGCGUCAAUCUUGGUGCAUCGGCGCUCGCUGGCUUUGGGCUUUUGCUCAUCUCGACACCAGCCAUGACUUGGGUCGUAGGAAAGCUGGCCGUCAAGCGCAAGCAAUCCACCGUGUUUACAGACUCGCGCGUUCGUCUCAUGCAAGAGAUUCUGGGUUCUAUGCGCAUCAUCAAGUUUUACGCUUGGGAAGACUCCUUCUUGAGUAAAGUCACGGCACUGCGCAUCAAGGAAAUGCGAAUUGUUCAGUACCUGCUCAUCAUGCGAUCUGCCAUCAACGCCGUGGCCAUCAGUGUUCCUGUGUUUGCAACAAUCUUGGCAUUCGUCACGUAUAGCUUGACUGGUAAUCCACUGGAAGCAGCAACGGUUUUCUCAUCUCUAACACUCUUCAACUUAUUGCGCAUGCCACUCAUGUUUCUGCCACUUGUUGCGAGUUCUAUGACGGAUGCGCAAGUUUCGCUUAAACGGAUCCAGGCCAUGCUAUUAGCGGAAGAGAUGAAUGACGAAACAGUCAAGUCUACCGAUGCAAAUUCGGCAGAUGCCAUUGAAGUGCGCAUGGCAGACUUUUACUGGGAGACCUCUGGUGAAGCUACAGAGAAACCAAAGGAGAAGCAGGUGAAGCCUGCAACACGACGGUUCUGGCAAAAGAAGGCACCGCAACAGCCAGAAGUGCCUAGUAUUGUUGUUCACGAUGAAAAGGCGCGUGAGCGCGAUUCAACGGAUGAUGAGGCUGAAACGGACAGAGCACGUCGGCAAUUGCAUCGCUCCUUGUCUCAUGCAAGUGCUGCGAAUGGUCCCGCACCUGCAGAUAUCUCCUACACGACUGGUGCCGUACAACACGAGGAAGCGAAAGAAGCUCAAAAGAUGCUUGAUUUGCCUGAACGCGAAGUCCGUGCUGCUGAUUCAACACCGCAUACUGCAUUCAGUAUUCGCAACCUCAAUGUCACGAUCCCUCGCGGCUCGCUGGUGGCCAUCGUAGGUGAAGUUGGCAGCGGCAAAAGUUCCCUUCUUGCUGCCCUCGUGGGCGAAAUGCGCAAGGGAAGUGGUUCUGUAAGUGUGCAUGGCACGCUUGGUUUUUGUGCACAAGUACCCUGGAUCAUGAAUGCUACUGUACGCGACAACAUUUUGUUUGGUCGACCAUUCGAUGCUGAACGAUACCGUCAAGUCGUCUACGCUGCAGCACUCGAGCCAGACUUUGAGAUUCUUCCACAAGGCGAUAUGACAUUGAUUGGCGAGCGUGGCAUCACGGUUUCUGGUGGACAAAAGCAACGUCUUAAUAUUGCACGCGCCGCGUACUUUGAUGCAGACAUCAUCUUGCUCGAUGACCCUCUCUCUGCAGUCGAUGCACAUGUCGGCAACCAUCUAAUGGAGAAGUGCAUCACUGGUCUGCUCAAGGAAAAGACACGCAUUCUUGUCACUCAUCAGCUACACGUCUUGCCUGAAGUAGACCAGAUCCUCGUUGUUGACCAUGGCCAAAUUAUUGAGCAAGGAUCCUACCAAGAACUGCUCGACCAUGGUCAAAACUUUGCCCGUAUCUUGCAAGAAUUUGGUGGGAAGCGCGAGGAGGAAGCCGAGGAGCAGGAGAUCAAGGAGAUGGAUGCCGAGUUGGGAGAUGUCAAGGCGAAACCCGCCAAGAAGGCUUCUCCUGCACCAGCAGCGUCUGCUGAAGAACGCGAGACAGGAGCUGUGGCGUGGGAUGUCUACAAGGCGUACUUUUCAUCUGGCGGAGGUCUUUGGACUGUUCCGCUUAUUGUCAUUGUCCUCAUCAUUGCACAAGUCGCUCAAGUGGGCAACAACUUGUUUUUGUCCUUUUGGUCCAACGACACAUUCAAUCGCGCGGAAGGAUUCUACAUUGGCAUCUAUGCUUCUCUGGGUGUCGCGCAAGCAUUGGCUUAUUUCGGUCUUGGUUUGGCCUUGACGCUCGUUGGUAACAAGUCAGCUCGUGUACUGCACGCAAACAUGACCCAUCGCAUCUUGCGAGCUCCUAUGUCCUUCUUCGACACGACACCUAUUGGACGGAUCACGAAUCGAUUCUCAAAGGAUCAAGAUACGGUUGACAAUCUCAUCUCUGACAGUAUUCGCAUGUUUAUGACGACGUUUGGUUCAAUCAUGGGAUCCUUCAUUCUCAGUAUCAUCAUCUACCACUACUUUGCAGCAGCCCUCGGUCCGCUUCUUAUCCUCUUUUACCUCUUUGCGCUCUACUACCGCGCUUCAGCAAGAGAGAUCAAGCGUCUGGAUGCGAUUCUUCGCUCGAGCGUAUUUGCUCAAUUUGGUGAGACCUUGACUGGUCUGUCAACUGUACGCGCAUAUGGUGAGCAAGAUCGUUUCAUCAAACUCAACUCCAAGUACAUUGACCAAAUGAAUGGCGCAUACUUGCUCACCAUCAUCAAUCAGCGCUGGCUCGGUCUUCGUCUUGAUUUGACGGGUUCGCUGCUCAUUUUUGUCGUUGCCAUUCUUGCUGUUACGUCUCGCUUCAAUGUCAAUCCCUCAACAACUGGUCUUGUGCUCUCCUAUACGAUGCAAGUCAUUGCCAUGAUUGGCUGGAUGGUACGACAGCUCGCCGAAGUGGAGAACAACAUGAACUCUGUGGAGCGCCUCUACCACUACGGCACAAAACUUGAGCAAGAACGCGCCUUUGAUUCCGAGCCAGACAAGAAGCCUGAUGCAAGCUGGCCAUCUGCUGGACGUAUCGAGUUUGAGAAUGUCACGAUGAGCUACAGACCUGAUUUACCUAAUGUCUUGAAAGGCAUGUAUCUGAAUAUUGAGCCAGGCGAGCGUGUUGGUAUCGUGGGCCGCACAGGUGCCGGCAAGUCUUCGAUUCUCGCAGCCCUCUACCGGAUCUCAGAGCUUAAAUCUGGUAGCAUCAAGAUUGAUGGUGUUGAUAUUGCCAGUAUCGGUUUGCAUGAGCUGAGAAAGCAACUCUCCAUUAUUCCACAAGAUCCAGUCAUGUUUGCAGGUACUAUUCGAACGAACCUGGACCCAGAAGGGAUUCAUACUGAUCUGGAGCUUUGGGAAGCCCUCAGGCAGUCGCACGCUGUGCCUGCUUCAGCUGGUGAAAUGAGUAGCGCAUCGUCAUCGACUGGCAGCGCGCCUGUAAACGCACACGACAAGGCGAAAGAGGACGGUGCAUUGACGUUGGACUCGCCCGUGGAGGAUGAAGGUCUUAAUUACUCCCUUGGGCAGCGUCAAUUACUUGCACUUGCUCGUGCACUGCUUCGCAAAUCUCGCGUUGUGGUAUUGGAUGAAGCGACGAGUAGUAUUGAUUUUGAGACGGAUAGUUUGAUUCAAGAGUCCAUGGCACGAGGAUUCAGGGCAACAACCGUCCUUUGCAUCGCACACCGACUACGGACCAUUGUCAGCUACGAGAAGGUCUGUGUGGUGGGUGAUGGUCAAGUGAUUGAGUUUGGCACACCCAAGGAACUCUUUAUGAAGGAAGGAGCACAAUUCAGGGACAUGUGUAUUCGGAGUGGCAUCAAUUUGGCUUAG